AUGGUGGUUCCUAAUCUUGGUCAAUGGGUUCACGGUCAAAGGUUCUUUUCCAUCGUCCCAUCAAUGGGAUGUCCGAUGGAGCUAUGGUCUGCGCCAUUAUCCGUGGUCCAACCAGGUGAAUCAAGGGUCAGAACAAUUUCUCUUAGUCCCGAGGUGUGGUACCAAGAGCCUUAGUCCACCCAGGUCAACUUGUUAGGUACACCAUGGUUCGAGGCUCGGGUGUCGGGUAUAAAGCGAGUGACCGCCGCUGAGGAAGGCACAGUCCGCUCCAGCCAUCAUGGCCGCCCUCACUGUGUUCGCUGUUCUUCUACUGGUGGCGUCUGUGUUCACCGCACCAGGUGACCGGGAGAAGCGGCAUUACGAGGGUGGUAACCUGGGCGGGUACGGUGGCGGUGGCGGUGGAGGCGGCGGUGGCGGCGGCGGCUUCAACGGAUACGGCCACCGGCCGGGCGGCGGGCAAGGCGGCUUCGGAGGCUUGCCCUUCGGCGGCCAGUCCUUCUCCAAGUCUUCCGCCAGCGCUAGUUCCUCAUCCGGCAGCUUCGGCAGAUAGACUGAUUUACUAACCACGAAUACAAUGGCGUUAACAAGGGUCCGCAAUCCAUGACGGCGAUGUGAUAUAUUUAAUUUAUUAGAAAUUAGAUUAAUGUAAAUUUUAUUAUUAAUUAUUAUUACUAUUAUUAUAUAACUAAAUAAAUUAUGUCCACAGUUCAAUAGAGCAUUUUAUUGGCACUUUAAAAAUAACACUGAGAAUUGCACAGUUGAAUUAUACUGUUAUAUGAUUAUGGUCACUCCACAAAUAAAAAUUGUUAUACAUGAACAACGAACUUUUUCUGAGUUUUCUUGAGUUUUCCUGAAAAUUUUAUUGUAAACUUCACUUUGGCAGUGAUACAGUGGACUGUGGUGAACCACUUUGGACUUAGAUUUAAAAAAAAAAACUUAAAAAUGUAGGUUUUGUAUGUAAGUAGUACCUACGAUUUUUAUUUUCCUACACAUAUUUAAAGUUUAUCCGGGAAAAAAGAAGCUUCUGUUUUAGUCCAGGCCAAACUAAAACUAAAAAGAUGCGUACUGCGUACUUAUUAGGGGAGACUCAUAAAUUUUGUUUAUUCUAAAAGGGAAGGAACUGGAAAACGUCUUUAUUUUCAAGGUUUCCGAUUUUUUUUGCGAUUAAAGUAUGAAAAUCGUAAAUACGAAUGUGAUUAUGCUUGUAUAUGUCUAAUGAUUUUUGGGUAGUUCUUCGAAAUUUCAUUUUUCGACUGAUAUGAAUUUAUAGGUACUGCUUACAUACUAAACCACAGUCUAUUGAAACACUGAGAUUAAAUUUUUGGCUAGAUGACUAGCCAAUAUUUAAUCUCACUUUGCUCAGCUCUGUAGCACAUACCCACACGAAAUUAUGGAAUGACUCGUUUUUGUCAACUCGUUUUCAAGAUAUCGAUGUUUAAAUAUUUAGUGCCCAGAUGAAUCAAAAUUUGUUAAAGAUGAAUCAGAAAUCACAGAUUUUUCCUGAAUAUUUUUCCAAAGGGCUAAUACCACCAGUUUCAUAUUUUAGUAAUAUUUACACUAACAUGUUUCUCGAAAAUUUAUGUUUCGUAAGCGUACCCAAAAAUUGACAAAAUUUGGAAAAUGCACUGUAGCUUAUAAGACCAAGGCCUGAUCCUUGGUCUAAUAUGGACAGCGUUUGAAAAUCGUAAAAACUGAAAAAUAUUGGG